UACUUCCGCAACCCAACGUUAACCGCAGGGCAUGUCAACCAGCAAGAAGAACUACAGUCAUGUUACUGCUUGUUAUCUACUGUUAGUUGCAGUAAAUGUGACAGGCGAGUCGUGGAGCACAACCAGCACAUGCAGACAGCUCCGGGAAUGAAAGGUGUGUGUCCCUAACACGAGCAGCAGUGAUGGAAGGAGACUCCCAGAGGGCGUCGUCCUCCUGGGAGAACGGGACUCUGGCUCCUGGGGAACACCUUCGCUCUGACAGGGCGGACAGCCCCCUCCCGGGCCUGGUGGAGGGAACAGAACCAGGUGCUGGUCAGAAGAGUGCGAUGUUCGUCCAUGCUCAGUCCUUCGAGGAUCUGACCGCUGAGGCUGAGGAGGAAGUUCGGAGGGAGGCCGAAAUCAACAAAUCAGGAGAUAGUGAAGAGGAGCUGAAGGUGCUGAUGGGAGAGAAGGAGCCACACAGCAGCGACAUGACGUCAGAAAGUAGGACUAAGGAGGAAGACGUGACCAGCGAGGCGUGGAGGAGCCACAGGAAACACGUGUUCGUGUUGAGCGACGCUGGAAAGCCGAUCUACACUCGCUACGGCACGGAGGAGGCUCUGUCCAGCACCAUGGGGGUGAUGAUGGCCCUGGUGUCUGUCGUUGAGGCCGAGAAGAACAUCAUCCGCUCCAUCCAAGCAGAUGGCUGUAAAAUAGUGUUCCUCACCAAGAGCCCUCUGGUGCUGGUGGGCGUGUCCCGCACCUGUCAGUCGGACAAGGAGCUGCUGCGAGAGCUGCAGUACAUCUACUACCAGAUCGUCAGCCUGCUCACCCUCACCCAGCUCAACAACAUCUUCAAGAACAAGCAGAACUACGACCUGCGCCGCCUGCUGGCCGGCUCCGAGUACCUGACGGACAACCUGCUGACCCGCCUGGAGCGAGACCCCGGCCUGCUGCUCAGCGCCGUCACCUGCCUGCCUCUGGCCAGCUCCACCCGGGACACCGUGUCCUCCAGCCUGCAGGCCGCCAAGUCCAAGAACCUGGUGUUCUCCAUCCUGCUGGCAGGGGACCGCCUGGUCACUCUGCUGAGGAAGAAGGACCAGUUCUUGCACCACAUAGACUUGCACCUGGUGUUCAACCUCGUCGGCUCCUCUUCCUCGUUUCGUGAAGGCGAGGGCUGGACGCCGAUCUGUUUGCCAAAGUUCAACACCGCAGGAUUUUUCCACGCUCACAUCUCUUACCUGGAGCCCGCGUCCGAGCUCUGCCUCAUCCUGGUCUCCACCGACCGAGAGGACUUUUUUAACAUGUCCGACUGCAAGCAGCGCUUCAUGGAGAGGCUGAGCAAGCGCAGCGCCUACCCGGCCCUGAAGGAGGCUCUGAAGUCUCCCACCUACUCUGUGGAGCAGGUGGGCAUCCCGGAGCUCAGGCACUUCCUGUACAAAUCAAAGAGCUCAGGGCUGUACACCAGUCCAGAGUUCCCUGAUGUGUAUAAGUCUGACUGUGAGCAGGAGAGGCUGAUGGGGUUGUACCAGGACCUCCACAGCAGCUUGCACCACCCGACCAGACCUCUCCGCUACGUCUACCGCUGUGGGGAUACUGAAAACCUGCUGGCGUGGGUGACGAGCGGCUUCGAGCUCUACCUCUGCUUCAGUCCUCUGGGGACGAAGGCUCUGGCCGUCACUGCUGUCACCAAACUGCUGAAGUGGAUCAGGAAGGAGGAGGAUCGCCUCUUCAUCCUGAGUCCUCUCACAUACUGAGUCCUCUUCAUCCUGAGUCCUCUCACAUCCCUAGUCCUCUCACAUCCUGAGUCCUCUCACAUCCUGAGCCUGUCUGCAGACUCACCUCCUGAAACUAAAAGCAUCACCCCUGAACAACUGCAGCUCGGUGUUAACUACUGAUUGACGGAGCAAUGCUUUUCUCCCCCUUGCUUCUUGAUUCUUUUAAUCUAACUCACAGACUCCUGAUGAUUGUGCAAUGAAAGAAAGCAAUUUUCUCUUGAUUUGUUUUAUAACUUAAAAUGUAAAAAAACACGGAUGAAAGCAGCAUCAUCAAUGACCCAAUGGUGGUGCUCAGUUCAAGUCAAGAAUAACAUUUCAAUUGAAAAACUGGAAUUCCUGUGGACCUGCGGGGGAUGUAUUGUUAUUAUAGAUAAUAGAGUUAACCACAUUCCUAUUAUGUUUUACCUUUUACGUGAUGACCAAUUACUGUAUGUCGUUUUUACCUCUAUGCACCUUCUUUAUGCAAAAGGAACUCCGAAGACAAACGUGUUUAUGAUUCUGUAAACUUUUUACUGCUGUCCUUUGUUUGCAUUGUUAUUGUCUUAUCAUGAAAUCUAAAUGUCCGUCUCUUUCAAUGACCAUGAGACAUUUUUCUUGAUUUACCAUAUUAUCACAUUUGCUAAGAACAGUAUUGUAUGAUAUGUUAUGUUCUUGUGUCUAAUCAUUAAGGUUCGCUGUAUUUCACAGGAUCCCGUUGCCACAUCCGCCUCCACUAAUCACGCCUGAACUAGAGGUUAUUGUGCAAAGCCAAUUUAAGGGUGCUGCAGAAUUACAGAUGAGUUAAAUAUGAAUAUAUAUGGCUUGUAAUAAAAAGGAGUAUGAGUCUUG